GGGAGCGCUGGGGCGGGCGGGACAAGGACUGGCCCAGCGGGCAUGGUCCACGGAGCCGGGGCCUGCCGCCCACGGUGGGUCUAAGACUAGUCUGUCAACUUUCACUUUCUUGAAGACUCCUCUGGCAUCUUGGGACGGUGGGGAGCAGAGCUGAAGUCGGGGGAGUCUGGAAGGCUGUGGGGGCCCGUGAGGAGACCACAGCAGCCGAUGAAGCCCCUUGCUUCUGUGAUCUUGCUUGACCCCCCUUCCCGUGGGCACUCAGCGAGCGCAUGCCAGGGUCUGGAUGGGGCGCGGAGCCGAGUCCGAGUCUGGGUGUCAGGGUCUCGAGUGGGCCCCCACACUGGGGGGGAUGCCACAUCGGACAGACACCACAAGGGACACCACAGGACAGCCCAGGGUGGCUCUGCAGCUCUGACCUGGCCACUCUGAGGUCACCAUCUCUGGGCCUCUUUUCUAUCCACUGGCUGGGGAUGAGCGCUGUGACUAGGGGCACCAACCACACAGUUGUAGGGGAGGACGCGGACCCAGGACGUGUAUUGCCAGGUCCGGCGCUGGGCCCGUGCUCCCAGCACACCACUGAGACCCUCUCCCGGCUUCCAGUGACCCCCCCGGGAGCCCCAGCUCCCCUCCAGCUCUGUCUGUGGCAAAGCAACGUUGGUGGCAGUUAGUGGAGCUGGUGGUGCUGGGAGCCGUGGCCAGACUCCUGGUGGGAGGCGGGGUAUGUGCCGGUUAUGGGCAGGGGCUCCAGUGCUGGGCUCGGCCCCUGUGGGUUCGAAUCCCGUCUGUGCCCCCCAGCCGGGCCAAGUCCCCGCGGCAGCUCGCCCAGCUUGUGAAAUGGGCACAGUGGCACCCCCUCCCCCGGUCAUCAGGAAGAUUAGGUGGGCGUGCUUGGUUAGCGCCUCAGGGUGGUGGCUGUUGGGUGGGGUGGUCAACAGUGCUGUUGGUGACAAUGACACAUCCUGUAUGGGGCGCUGUGCACCUGACUCACAGAGUGCCGUGAUGGAGGUGAGGUGGACCCCGCCUCCCAGCAGAGGAGGAGAAGGUAGGGGGUUACAGGUGAACCAGUGUCGCUCCGUCUGUGUCGCUCCUCUUAUAUAAGACACCGUCACUGGAUUAAGGCCCCCCAUGCAGUAUGACCUCAUCCUAAGGAGUCAGAUCUGCAAAGACUCCAUUUCCAAAUAAGGCCACCUUCUACAGUGCCAGGAUCUGGGGGGACACCAUUCACCCCUGUCCAGGGGUGACCAGACAAUUCCCCAGAGGUGCUUCUUGGUGAAAGGGACAAGGUCUCCAUGGGCCCACAAGGUAUUGGUUCUGUACGAGCCCCGUGAGUGCUCCGACCAGACCCCCCCAAACCUGUCCGGGGUUGGGAAGGUACCGCCUCUCCCUCUGUGGACCCACAUUUAUUAAGCGCCAACUGUGAUCGUGGAGCACCAUCGGUUUACUCCGUUGACCUCCUUGUGGGGCAGGGGUGUUUGCUCUCACCCUCCAGGAGGGCAGAGUGAGGCGUGGAGAGCUCUCCCAGCCCCCUGGGAGCUGCGUCUACAGCAGGGCCCGGGGCCUGUGAGGCCAAGCGGGGCAGUUACAGGAACCCGCGGGGGGCGGGGAACUCUCCUGCACAGAUUGGGCUCACUUCCUCAUCUCUGCCUAGGACUAGGAAGCCCCGCGCUGAGAUCGUCCCUGGCGGCCCCGCCUGCUCGGGCACAUCGUCACUGGGCAGGUGGGAGGGUCUUUGAGCCCAGGAAGCCUUCCCUUUCCUCAGGAAGCUGUCCCUGAGACUGUGGGGAGCAGGCCACGGGGGGGCCCCCCGGAUGCAGACAGGGAUGGGCCAGUCCCGACCCAGGGGCAGAGGCCGGCAGGAUGAGAGGCUGCCACCAGACCCGGCAGGGUCCUGCGAGAUGCCCGGCUGCAGGGGCCCCUGCUGCACCCAGGGCUGGGGAGGACGUGCCGGGCGGGGAGGGAGGCUAACACCCCUGCGUGUCAGAAGGGAAGAGGAGAGAGAUGGCAGGCUGGCCUGGCAGCCCUUGUGCAUCCGGGUCCUGACACCCAGCUGCGGCUACCAGUGGUGCGGGAGCUGCGAGGGUGGGGGUCCCAGGGGUGAAGCCAGGAGGGAAAGCACCAUAGGCUUGGGCUCGGUGGGGGGCCGGCCAGGACGGCCCCUCACGGAGCUGUGUCCGGAAAAAUGGCGGGGGUCUUCAUGCUUUACGAGGAUGGAGACGGCACAGGGACCGGGGAACAGGGAGUGUGGGGCCCCCGGGCCUGAAUGACAUGUGAGCCAUUCGACAAGGCUGCGUGGAGAAGGUUCUGGGCAUCCUCAGUUUAGCCGUGGCUUCUUCUCUAGAACAGGGAGCAGCCCCCGCCUGCCCCCUCCCCGCCCUCCCUGGGCCAAGCAGCUCUGCCAGAGAGGAGAGGGGCUGCCUGGCCGAGCGGGGGUCCCCUGCGUGCUCCUUGCCUCCUUGCCCCUGCCUCCCAGGCUGUGCCCCUGUCCCUCAGAGGUAGUUCAGGAUGGAACUCAGGUCCAGUUGGGAGUGGGGGGGUAGGGGCUCCUGGAGGCAUCGCCUCUGCAAGUCUUGCGGGCCUUGGGCUGCUGGGGGCCUGUGGGUCCCUCUGGAGGGGCAGACAGCCCAUUUCACCCCUGUUUCUCUGCAGUGAGGGGCUGUUUGGCCCCAAGGCCACAGGAGGGGCACCAGAGUAAUUACUGUCAGAAACACGGGGUGCUCUGCUUCUGCGACUCCCAGGGCCACUCCUACCUCUCUUUCUUGUCUUUUUCAUUUGGAUUGUAGGAGCAGUCCUGGCUUCUAAUGGCCUGAAAAGCCGGCCUUGCCAGUCCCCAGCAGCGAUGCCUCUGGACAUUUAAGGGUCCGAGGGGCAGCGGGCCGGGCAAAGCCCCUGUGGGCCAAGGCUCCCCGGAGUCCCCGUCCAGGGAACCCAGGAGGUGAACUGGCUGCCUGGGCCACGAGCUGAGCGGUGCCCCUGAGACGCCUGCAGGGGUCCGGUGCACAGAGGCUUUGGGGACAGGAGGACACAGGCGGUGUCCAGCUGUCUCGUGUUCUGCCUCCCCCGCCCCACGCCCCAUGCUGUUGGCAGUGUGGAUGGCCACCCGUCAGCCGCUCUGCAGGUGGUUCCCACCACCCCCAGGGACCUUGCUGACUGCCCAACCCCCUUUCCCUGUCCUCCUGUGCUGCCCGUCACAGAACCCGCCCUCAGACUAGCAGGGGCGUGUGUAGGUGGUUGACAAACACCUGUGUCUGAGGUUCUGGGGACCUGGGUCCAUGUCCAGUCCCCUGGGGUUCUGGAGGGAGAUGGGCCCAGGGGUUGGUGGGGCCGUCCAGGCUCUGAGCUCCACAUAGCUGCCCCUGAACUCUGUCCGCCGCGGGGGCCCUGCCCCAACAUCUGCCAGGAAAGGGGGUGGGCCAGGAGGAAGCCUGACUUGCUUCUCGGUUGGCAUUGUUGGCCCCGGAGAGCGGGUGAGGAGGGUGCCUGCCUGUCCCUGCGUGCUCUGUGCAGAGGGAAUUCCCACCACCUGUCCUGGGUUUGUUUUAAAAUCUCAGAGCUCAGCAUCAGGGCUCAGGGAGGCCCGAAACGAGGGUGUUCCCUUGUUUGUGCGACCUAGCAGUGCUCUUGGCAACCUUCCGGGCGAGUGAGCAAGGCCAUUCCUUGUCUCCUCUGUCCCCGAGGCUGCUCCCAUCCCUGUGGCCACAGCGGGGGGUCUGGCCCCGCCUUUCCCAGCCCUGGCCCCCCUCUCGGCCCACCCAUCACCCCACGUUCCCAUCUGAAAGGGGACUCUGUGUUCUUCUUUGUCCUGAUUGGUGACAAAGCCCCAACCCCAGGAGCACGGACCGUCCAUCUGUAACGGCCUCUCGUCUCUGACCCCAGGAAGUAGUGAGGCAUAAUGACUGCUCUUGGGGGGAGGCCCGAGGGCACCCCGGGGUGGGCAGCCAUCGCCUGUUCUGCCUCAUCUGCCUCACCACUUCCUCCUUCCCCACCGUCCGCCACCUUUCCUCCCUGGGCGGCCUGGACCCUGGCCCACUUCUUGACCUGUGGGGUGGGACGGCGUUUCGGGGGCCCUGCUGGAGCCCAGGCCUCUUCCGGUGGGAGCAACAGAUCUCCUGGGAACCUGAGACCGGAUCACAGUGGAACUGGUGCUUGUGGGAAACGGAACUAGAUGGGUGUCUCCGGGGGGCUCUGUUGUGGCCCUAGCUGGACGGGACGCGUGGUGGGCUUGCUCACAUCCAAGGUGCCAGGGUGUCCCCCGAGGACUUCUGCUCUGUUCCCCAUGUUUGUCCGGCGUUGGCAGGAACGUUCGAGCAGCCACAACGCGUCAGGCUCUGAGCAGCUUCCUGGGGGUCGUGAGCUGGAGCGGGGUCCCCCCCUGCCCACACGGCUUCCAGCCCGCUCCACCGGGCCCGCGCUGGCCCAUGUCUCGGGAAGAGCCUGCGGCGGGGGCUCGUCGUAGUGGGAGAAGCAGCGACAGACUGACUCACAAGCAAAGCUCUGAAGGAUGUGCAGAGGCCCGCCUGGCAAACGGGAGGCCGUCUCUCCUCCGACCCCAACCCUGUGGCAGUGUCCUCAGGGCACCUGUGUUCCCGGGGAGGCCUCCCUGCUGACCCGCAGCCUGUCCUCUUCCCCCAGCGGCCCGCGGGUAUGCGGAGCCCCCGGUGCUGAGGCCGCCGCCCGGGCAUGGAGGGCCCCGCGGAGGAGCCGGCCCCGAAGGGGAGAGGGCCCGCGGCGGCACCCUUGGGAGGCGGCGGUGGUGGUGGCCACACGGCCCAGAGAGUGGCCAUGAGCCCAUCGGUCGUCUGGGAGCGAGCAGGGCCCGAGGAGGCCGAGGCGCUUGUCGGAGGCGAUGCCAGUCCUCCCCCUGGGGGCUCCGGGCCGGCUGCUGGGACCCCUCCUGGCCAGAUGGGCACGUACCCCACAGACCUGACCUUGCAGCUGCUGGCCGUGCGGAGGAAGACGGGGCUGCCAGACCCCAGCCUGCAGCAGACCGUGAGGAGCCGGCUCCGCCUGUUGGAAAAUGACAGCCGGGAGGUGGCCCGUGCGCUGGGGGAGCUGUCAGCCAGGCUGUUGUCCAUCCACAGUGACCAGGAUCGGAUCGUGGUGACCUUUAAGACUUUCGAGGAAAUCUGGAAGUUCUCCACCUACCAUGCUCUUGGCUUCACUCAUCACUGCCUGGAAAACCUACUCGUGGACCAGGCCUUCUGGCUGCUCUCACCCAACGAGGACGAGGAGACAGCUGUCCAAGUCCAUGUGGACCAGGAGGCCUUGAGGCUGACGCACGAGAGCCUCCUCGCCCAGGAAGGUGGGUCCCACCUGGCAGGGCGUCCAGCCACCCUGAAGGACACCGUCUGUCACUUUGAAGGUCCUGUCUUCGUCCUGUGUCCUGACCACCGUGUGCGAGUGAAGACCAGCCCCCGGGGUGCAGGGAGCGGCCCCCGGGCCCUCAGGCGAGCCUCGGGGGUUCCCCAGGGAGAGGCAGCCCCAGCAGUGGACCCUUGUGCUCCCAGCCCCGGCACGUCCUCCGAGGAGGUGGCAGCGACGGCCACUCCAGAAACUUUGAUUCCAUUUCAUCAAUGGGCUCUUAGGGUCCCCUGGGACCCCAUCGACGACUCCAUGAAUGGACCUGUGACAUCGGACAUCCCACUGAUGGCCACGGGCCUGGCCACGGCGGUGGCAGACUACCAGGGCUCCGGGCCUGAAGAGAUGACCUUCCGAGGCGGUGACAUCAUCGAGGUCCUGGGCGCCCAGGUGCCCGGCCUGCCCUGGUGCCUGGGCCGGCACACGGCCUCGGGCCAGGUCGGGUUUGUGCAGACGAGUCUCGUCAGUGUGCAGGGCCAAGUGUCUGACCCUUCGCGGACCCUGGGCCUGUCCUUCAAGGCCCCCUGUGACCCAGACCCUGGCGACCACCCGUGUCAAAGGCUGCCAUUGCCGUCAGAGCACUUUGAGUCCAGCUGUGCAGGUCUGUCCACCUUCGAGAACGACUGUGUGGACAUGUGCGCCCCUGAGCUGGAAAAUGUGAUUUUUCUCAAUGAAGAAGAAAGGUCAUUCUUCAGCAAUGAAGGGCGCUUUUCGGAGGAGGACGCCAGGCAGCUACUGAGGAGGGUGUCUGGUGCAGACGUCUGCACGGUGUACAGCUUGGACAGAUUAGAAGAAGCCGAGUUUGACCAGCUGGAAGAACAAGAAAUGCCUCAGCCUUGCCUGCACCCAGAGCCACGUGAGACCCUCCAGAAGGUGAAGAAUGUUCUAGAACAAUGCAAGUCCGGCGGGGGCUGCCCCGAGGAGCCCGUGUCCUGGGGUCUGUGCACGGCGUCCAGUGGUGUAAGCUCACAGGACAGCGAGGAGCCCUCCUUCUGCUUGGACGCGGGGGCCGACUGGGCCCACCCGGAGGCGCUGGGCUCGCUGCUGCUGUUCCUGGACGUGCCUGGGUACAAGGCCUGCUUCCGUGGCCUGUACGACCUCUCCCUGCCGGGGCUGAGCACCCUGUUCUGUGGCUUCAGCGACGAGAAGGAGCUGGCCGGGCACCUGGCACAGGCCCGGGCGGCGGCCAAGAAGGCCGGCUUCCCCAUGGCCCUCGCCAGGCUCUGCUUCCUCCUGGGGCGGCUGUGUGUGCGCAGGCUCAAGCUGUCCCAGGCCCGCGUGUACUUCGAGGAGGCCCUGGGGGCGCUGGGGGGCCGCUUUGGCGACCUCUUCCUGGUGGUGGCCGUGUACGCCAACCUGGCCACCAUCCACCUGAAGCAGAAGAACAGGGACAGGUGUGCGCAGGUGCUGCCCAAAGCCUCGGCCCUGCUCCUGGGGACGCCCGGCCACGUCUGCAGCACCGAGGCCGAGUCGGAGCUCCUGAGGCACGCCCUGCGCCGGGCCAUCCUCUGCCGGAGCCCCCAGGCCGAGGCCCGGGCCUGCUUCCUGCUGGCCAGGCACCACGCCCGCCUCAAGCAGCCCGAGGGGGCGCUGCCCUUCCUGGAGAGGCUGCUGUUGCUGCACGUGGCCUCGGGCUCCCCGGAGGCCUGCUGGCCCGCGGACGGCUACCUGCUCCUGGCCGACAUCUACAGCCGCCAGUGCCUGCCACACCUGGUGCUCGGCUGCGUCAGGGCGGCCUCGCUGCGGGCGCGCGGCUCGCCGGGCGGCUCGCUCCGGAGCGCGGACCUGGUCCUCCGGAACUCGCCCCGGCGCCACCGGCCGCCCUCCCAGACAGCGCACUACCUCCGGCGGGCACUGGCCUCGGCGGCCUCGGGCCCCCUGCGCGGCCCCCUCUGCGCCAGCCUGGCCCGGCUGCACAGCCACCACGGGCAGCAGGCCAGGGCCAUCUCCUGCAUGACGCAGGCCGUGGACGCGGCCGCGGGCGCCGGCGGCCGCCUGGCCGUGGACUACGUGGUGGCGCUGGCCUGGUUGUACGUGCUCCACGGGCAGAGCGCGGUGGCCCUGGACAUCCUCGAGUCCGUCCUGGACGUGGCGGUGGCCAGCGUGGACCAGGAGGGCGUGAUCGCCAACGUGGCGGCCGUGGCCCUGAGGAGGACCGGCAGGACCCGGCAGGCGGCCGAGGGCUACUACCGCGCCCUGCGAGUGGCCCGGAACCAGGGCCAGCUGCGGAACCAAGCGGUGGUCCUGGCCAAUUUCGGGGCCCUGUGCCUGCAGGCCGGCGCGGUGGGCCUGGCCCAGCACUACCACCUGGAGGCCGUGAAGCUCUUCUCGCGGCUGCCCGGCAGGGAGCGCGGCCAGGACUUCACCUGGGUGCUCUUGAGGCUGGGCCACCUGUACACCCGCAGGGCCCUCGCCCGAGAGGGCAAGUGCUACUACGAGUGGGCCUUUCUGGUCGCCGUGGAGACGGACCACUUGGAGGGCCAGCUGCGAGCCGUCCAGCAACUGUGUCACUUCUACAGCAAAGUCUUGCCCAGUAAGGCCCAGUGCGUCGUCUACCACGAGUUUCAGCUCUCGCUGGCCAGCAGGGUGGCCGACAAGGCGCUGGAGGGCCAGCUCCUGGAGACCCUCAGCCAGCUCUACCUGUCGCUGGGCACUGAGCGGGCCUACAAGUCCGCGCUGGACUACACCAAGCGCAGUCUGGGGAUCUUCAUCGACCUCCAGAAGAAGGAGAAGGAGGCGCAUGCCUGGCUGCAGGCAGGGAAGAUCUACUACAUCCUCCAGCAGAACGAGCUGGUGGAUCUCUACAUCCAGGUGGCACAGAAUGCGGCCCUGUACACGGGGGACCCCAACCUGGGGCUGGAGCUGUUUGAGGCGGCUGGGGACAUCUUCUUCAAUGGGACCUGGGAGCGAGAGAAAGCAGUGUCCUUCUACCGGGAUCGGGCGCUGCCACUGGCCGUGACCACAGGGAACCAGGAGGUGGAGCUGCGGUUGUGCAACAAGCUGGUGGCGCUGCUGGCCGAGCUGGAGUCGCCCCGCGAGGGCCUGGAGUUCGCCCACGUGGCCCUGGCGCUGAGCAUCACCCGGGGGGACCGGCUGAACGAGCGAGUGGCCUACCACCGGCUGGCGGCCCUGCACCAGCGGCUGGGCCACGGCGAGCUGGCGGAGCACUUCUACCUCAAGGCUCUGUCGCUCUGCAGCUCGCCCCUACAGUUCGAUGAGGAGACCCUGUACUAUGUGAAAGUGUAUCUGGUGCUCGGCGACAUCAUCUUCUACGAUCUGAAGGACCCCUUCGACGCGGCCGGGUACUACCAGCUGGCGCUGGCCGCGGCGGUGGACCUGGGCAACAAGAAGGCCCAGAUGAAGAUCUACACGCGCCUGGCCACCAUCUACCACAACUUCCUCCUGGACCGCGAGAAGUCCCUCUUCUUCUACCAGAAGGCCAGGACCUUUGCCACCGAGCUCAACAUCCGCAGGGUCAACCUGGCCCCGGAGCGGUGCUGGGGACGGGCGCCCUGGCUGGCCCCCAGCGCCCCGCCCUGAGGACCGCUGUCCCCACCUCUCCUAGUGUCUCUGCGAGGCUCAUUUUCUGGGAAACGGAGGCACGGAGGUGGGGGUCCCAUAGCAAUACGUGAUUUUGCAGGAGUCUGCUCGAACCUGCAAGGCCCCGUCCCCCACUCUGCCUCCAGGGGAGUGCCCAGGGCCCAGGCCCUGUCCCCGGGCACCACCCUGCGGCUGCACCUCGUCCGCGGCGAUGAGCUGGAAGGACUGGCCCCCCUGCCGGCCCCCCACACCCAGUUCCCCCACGUCAGAGUGAAGGUGGCUGUGGGGUUCCCUGGGCAUCUUCUUUCUCCCUUGCCCAUGCCCUCGCUGUGUGUCUGGCUCUGGCCCUGCCUGUAGCCCUCAAACUGCCCUCACGGGGCCUGCACGGUUGGGGCUGGUACCGUCUUCAUUUCCAGUGGAGGAGAUGGAGGCGCAGAGAGGGUAGGUGCCCGGCCCACCAUCACACAGCAGGUAGGUGGGGCCGAGUGUACCACCUGCCCGCCUGCCCCAAGGGAUGCAUCUGCCAUAGGACCCAAGGGCGGGUCCGAGAACAGGGUGUUAGCACGUCAGUGUCCCGAAGGCAACAGACAGGGCAAGGGGAAGGUGGCCCCAGUGCUCCCCGACCUGAUUGUCCUCUGGCCCAGCCUCACCGGGCCUGUGUGCGGAGCCUGCUGCUGAGCGUGUUUAAAGGCGCAUUGGGGCCGCCAAGCGCCGGGGACCCUCAAUUUACCGGCAGGGACACUGAGGCCCAGCGAGGCCGUGGGUCUCCUGGCUGGCUCUCACCCACACGGCAUUUUUCAAUCUCCUCUUUUUCUUUAAUUUAUUUUGUUAAAUACGGUGAAAUCCACAUAAAAUUAACCAUUUAAAGUGGACCA